GCGAAUUAUUGAACUUGUCGCGAUACACAUCUUGACCAUUCCACACAACAUGUUCACUCCAGCAAGGCGGCGCUGCAUCAGCGCAAUAAAGAACUUCCGCUCCACCGAAACCUCGAUUCCAGCUUUCCUCUUGCCAGCUUUCCAACAGCAAUCGUCGGCCUUUUCCACCUCAUCGCCAUGCCAGUCCAAGAUCGGUAGCGCACCGCUAUCAUUGCCUCCGGAUGUCAACUUCCAAAUCGUCCAAGCCCCUGUGCAGAAGAAGGGAUCAAGAGUCAGUCGUACGCAAGAAGGUGCUACAGUACACAUCGAAGGCCCACUUGGAAAGCUAUCUAUGCCAAUUCCUGCAUACAUGAACAUCAUCUCCGAUGAAGCAAAGCGCACAUUUAGCUUGAGCGUUCUGGAUCAAGAGGAGAGAAAGCAAAGGGAGAUGUGGGGAACCUGCCGCGCAUACCUGCAAAAUCAUAUCCUGGGUGUCAGUGAAGGUCACUCCGCCAUUCUCCGUCUUGUUGGCGUUGGUUACCGUGCAACCGUCGAGAAGACUGCCGUCACAAAACAGCCCGAAUAUCCUGGCCAGGAGUUCGUUUCCCUCAAGGUCGGCUACUCACAUCCGAUCGAACUUGGUGUACCCAAGGGAGUGAAGGCGAGCACUCCUCAACCCACACGUAUCCUGCUGGAGGGUGUCGAAAAAGAGGUCGUGAAGCAGUUCGCUGCAGAGAUUCGUGCAUGGAGAGUCCCUGAGCCCUACAAAGGCAAGGGUAUCUUUGUCAACGAUGAAACCAUCAAGCUGAAGGCCAAGAAGAUCAAAUAGACGACUCGCCCUUUCUGCUCUGUAUUUACUGUACGAUAUCUAUUUCGAGAGCUGGAUCUCAUGUUCAAAAGCCUUUUUUUUUUGGUCUACCCAUCAAGAACUCCGUAGCGUGAAGCAGCAAAGGUGGAGGUGAAUCCAGUGCGAUCCUCGAUCUCUCACGCCAUCUGAUACACGACUGUCUGGAGGGCCUUUAGUCGUUUCGCGGUCCUCAGUAUCGGAGAACAAGCAGCGAAACUCUCUGCAAGCGAAAAUGUCCCGAAACGUGCCUUCCGUUCAGCAAGUAGACAGUGCCAAGCAGAACAACUGCGCAUUUCACCAUUCCAUCAUUUUC